AUGGCAGCUAAUAGCAACUCCGUUCACAACUGUACAGAGCCGUUUGGUGUAGUUUUUAUGCUUGGAGGACCAGGUUCUGGUAAAGGCACCAUCUGCCCUCCGAUAGCUUCGCAUUUUAACAUGAUUCAUUUGUCCGCUGGCGAACUGUUGCGAAAGGAAUUGAAUACACCGAAUUCGAAGUUCUCUGCUGUGAUUGAAUCACAUAUGAAGGGAGGAACAAUUGUUCCUGUCGCCAUAACCUGCUCUCUUCUUCACAAGGUCAGCUUUGCUUUGUCGAUCCUUUUGGAAGUAAUGCCUUUUAAAGUAUUACUUACACUCCAUUACAUUACAUUUACACUUCAGUACGCUAUUUUUUGCCUUUGA